AUAAUCAUCCUUCUCAGGCAUUGGUUAAGAUACCUGUCACUCAAAAUAGGAUCCAAGAGCUUGGCGCAUGCGCGUAGUGAAUGACUAAAGUGCUGGUCCAAGGAAUCGGCUGCCCCAGCCGAGGUGUCAGUGGGAGCCGGUGUUACGUCUCUGCUGCUCGGUGAUUUUCCCGGGAUCAUCGCAAAGAUGCCGAUCAACAAAGCAGAGAAGCCAGAGUCUUGUGACAACGUGAAGGUUGUGGUGCGAUGUCGCCCUCUAAACGAACGAGAAAAGGCCAUGGGUAGCAGGAUGGCCGUCAACGUGGAUGAAAUCCGGGGGACGAUUGCUGUCCACAAGGUGGACUCCAUGAAUGAGCCCCCAAAGACGUUUACCUUUGACACUGUUUUUGGGCCGGACAGUAAACAGUUGGAUGUCUAUAAUUUAACAGCUCGGCCUAUUAUAGAUUCUGUGCUGGAGGGCUACAAUGGUACUAUAUUUGCCUAUGGGCAGACUGGAACAGGCAAAACUUUUACAAUGGAAGGGGUGCGAGCUGUCCCGGAGCUCAGAGGAAUUAUUCCAAAUUCAUUUGCUCACGUAUUUGGACAUAUUGCAAAAGCAGAAGGAGAUACACGGUUUCUAGUAAGAGUUUCUUACUUGGAAAUUUAUAAUGAAGAAGUACGGGAUUUACUGGGGAAAGACCAGACACAAAGACUUGAGGUUAAAGAGCGACCAGAUGUUGGAGUUUACAUCAAGGACUUAUCUGGGUAUGUUGUAAACAACGCUGAUGAUAUGGAUCGGAUCAUGACUCUGGGACACAAAAACCGUUCAGUUGGAGCCACAAACAUGAAUGAGCACAGCUCCCGGUCACAUGCCAUAUUCACCAUCACUAUAGAGUGCAGUGAGAAAGGGGCUGAUGGCAAUAUCCAUGUGCGAAUGGGGAAGUUGCAUCUUGUAGACCUGGCGGGUUCAGAAAGGCAAACCAAGACAGGAGCAACUGGGCAGAGACUGAAAGAAGCCACAAAAAUCAACCUGUCUCUUUCCACACUGGGUAACGUCAUUUCGGCUUUGGUUGAUGGAAAAAGCACUCACGUACCGUACAGGAAUUCCAAGCUCACAAGAUUGCUGCAGGAUUCUUUGGGUGGAAAUUCCAAGACCAUGAUGUGUGCCAACAUUGGCCCAGCAGAUUACAAUUAUGAUGAAACAAUCAGCACUCUCCGCUAUGCCAAUAGAGCAAAGAAUAUCAAGAACAAAGCCAGAAUUAAUGAAGAUCCCAAAGAUGCACUCUUGCGACAAUUUCAGAAAGAAAUUGAAGAGCUUAAAAAAAAGCUUGAACAAGGAGAGGAAAUCUCUGGCUCUGAUGAUAGUGGUUCAGAUGAAGAUGAUGAGGAGGAUGGGGAAAUUGGGGAAGAUGGAGAAAAGAAGAAAAGACGAAGAGGCAAGAAGAAGGUAUCCCCAGAUAAAAUGGCAGAGAUGCAAGCACGGAUUGAUGAAGAAAGGAAGGCACUGGAAGCAAAACUGGACAUGGAAGAAGAAGAACGGAAUAAAGCUAGAGCAGAGCUGGAGAAAAGGGAGAAAGAUCUGCUUAAGGCCCAACAGGAACACCAGUCGCUCCUCGAAAAGCUGUCCGCUUUGGAGAAAAAGGUUAUCGUCGGAGGAGUAGAUUUGCUGGCCAAGGCAGAGGAACAGGAAAAACUCUUGGAUGAAUCAAAUCAGGAGCUUGAACAGCGGAGAAGGCGGGCAGAGAAACUGCGAAAGGAGUUGGAAGAAAAGGAGCAAGAACGGCUAGAUAUUGAGGAGAAAUACACAAGUUUACAGGAGGAGGCACAGGGCAAAACCAAAAAACUGAAGAAAGUGUGGACAAUGUUAAUGGCAGCAAAAUCUGAGAUGGCCGACCUGCAACAAGAACACCAAAGAGAAAUAGAGGGGUUGUUGGAGAAUAUUAGGCAGCUGAGUCGUGAGCUUCGACUUCAGAUGAUCAUCAUCGAUAACUUUAUUCCACAAGAAUAUCAGGACAUGAUUGAAAACUACGUCCACUGGAAUGAAGAUAUUGGAGAGUGGCAGCUGAAAUGCGUUGCCUACACAGGAAACAAUAUGAGAAAGCAGACUCCUGUACCCGACAAGAAAGAAAAGGACCCCUUUGAAGUGGAUUUGUCCCAUGUAUAUUUGGCUUACACCGAAGAGAGUCUUCGUCAGUCCUUAAUGAAGCUGGAAAGGCCUAGAACAUCAAAAGGAAAAACAAGACCCAAGACAGGUCGGAGGAAGCGCUCAGCAAAACCAGAAGCAGUUAUUGACUCAUUGCUACAAUAGCAUUUUUCUGCCCUGGACAAUGAAGAACGCUGUGUACUGGCGGAAUGAUGGCCUGAAGUCGUUGACCUGUAUAAACUGCAAGGAGGCAGAUUGUAAUGGAUGCCCUGUUAAGGCCUUGUAUGAUAAUCUACGUGAAACCUGUGUCUCAUUGUAGUUUGGCACGCUUCAGUAACAUAGGUCCAUGGCUUUAUAAGUUUCAUUUGCUUACAUUUCAUUAACAUUUCAUCCUGGGAAAUGGAUGUAAUGUAACAACGCCCAACCCAGGACAUUAUGUAAGGCUCCUACUAAAUGUAAACGCUUUUUGCCCUUGCGUUCUCUAUGCAACUGUGCAUUCUGUAGAGUAUGAAAAGGCUGGUCUAUUCCUGUGUUUACCCUAUUCAAAAUAGAAAUGGGCAAGCUGUGUCUCCAUAUGAGCAUGCUGAUGCUUGUAGUUUGUCUAAAUUUUGAGAACCACCUACAAAAAAAGCAUUUGUUUAGCCUAGGUGUCUACAGCUCUACAAUUUGGUUUUCUUGCCCAAAGUGAAAAAUGAGCAUUGAGAGGUGGUUAUAUUGUUCUUUUUCCAUAAGUGAUUGACUCCCUAACAAAUAAAUAUUUGCCCUUACUAUAGUCUACUCUGUCUGUCUGGACAUUAUAUAUAUAUAUAUAUAUAUAUAUAUAUAUAUAUAUAUAUAUAUAUAUAUAUAUAUACGCAAAAUCAUCGGUAGUUGCAGUACUCCUAACUACUAUUUAUUUAUAUAUAUAUAUAUAUAUAUACACACACACAUAUAUAAUGUACAGACAGAGUAGACAAUAGUAAGGGCAAAUAUAAAUUUUUUUAAGGAGUCUAAAGUAAUCACUUAUGAGCAACUACAGUAAGUAAUUAAUGUAUCUUCUAUUUAAUAAUAGUUGUUGGACAAAAGCUCAUUAAACGGUACCUAUCACAAAAAAAAACUGUUCUCAACUACCUCAGGCUAUGUUCCCUAACUACUCCUAACACCUCUCCUUCCCUUAGAAAAAAAUAAAAUAAAAUUCAGAGCUUUAAAAAGCUCUGUAUCAUAACUUUCUUCUUGCUCACAUAGUGCGAUUUCCUAGCAGGAGAAAGUGGGAGUUUCCCAGCAGGAAUGACAUCACUGAAGCCUGAUGGGGGACCACUUCUGCCCUCACAUGUUGCAGUGCUGUGAUGAUUAAAAGACCUCAAGCUCUGUGCAUGUUUCGGUCUGUGCAGCUUUCUGUGAGAAUCUGUGGAGUUUUCACUUUCUGUGCAACUGACAAUCAAGCUCAGUGCAGAGAAGCACUUCCUGGGUUUGGUCUCCUGCCAGGUCGGGGGGUAGACUGAACUCGCUGUAUUAAUUGUGGCAAGGAACAGAACAGAGCCACCUAGUGGAUGGUGAAUGGGAAAGUGUCUGCUAAUUACCCAACGCUAUAUUAAAAGUUUUAUUUGGUGAAAGGUAUUCUUUAAGUUAUAUCAGCUGUCUCUUGCAGUCGCCCCAUACACAUGCACACUUGGCUUGGUCAAGCAUGCACACUGAAUGGGUAGAAUGGAGAAAGCCGCUUCAAGAUGCCUCUGGCAGCGGCAUUUGUAUCAGAGAACUACAGGAUCACACAUACUAAAAUACAGCAUGCCCAUUCUCUCCCCUAACAUAUGAUGUAAGGGGAGAAUUGGGAGGUCCCACAUAUACACAUUAAAUGGCAUGUUGACACUGCUUAAUUUAAUGGGCUAUACAUACUACAAUAUUAUUGUAUCUUACACACUAAGGCCCAGAUUUAUCAAACUGUGUGAGAGAGAAAGUGAGACCCCCCACGAUCUCCCUGCAGCACCUGUAUUCUAUGCGGAGCUGCAUCUCCAGUUUAGGAAAUCUACGGGUGACUGGAGGCGUGACGUACCACCAGGCCCCCUUGUGAUGUCACGUCCCCUCCAUUAGUGUCUAUGGGAGGGGGCGUGGCAGGCAUGGAGGGGGCCUGGAGUUACGUCACGUCUCCAGUCCCAGAAACCCGGAGGUUUUCGAAACUGGAGACGCAGCUCUGCAUAGAAUGCGGGUGCUACAGGGAGAUCACGGGGGUCCCUGCGGCAGGACCCCCCCCCCCCCCUGCGAUCAGACAUCUUCUCCUUUGAUAAGAUGUUUUUGCCCGGAAAACCUCUUUAACAUGGAACUUAUGUGGGCAACGUUGCACUCUGGGUUAGCGUGUCCCCAUCAGAUGAAGAAGUUUCCUACUAUAUUGUCAUUUUGCCCAUAGGAUGUUAUUUCACAGCAGGACAGGUUCCUUAUCUUUACCACUUCUACUUUAUAUUUAUUUAAUGUAUAUUUGUGUGGAUACUUUGUGCCCUAAUGUACAGUUUGUUUUUAGUUGUAUUAUUAUUGUGAAAUAGCUUAAACUAACUUAUGUCCAUUUUAUACUACACAUUUCACUAUGUUCCCAUUGCCUACUGGCGUGACGGUUUGUUACAUGUAGCGUAUUAUGAACCACAGGGUUGUACGCCACUAUAGCAAAUUAUUCUUGAUUUGCUUUGGAAAUAGAAAAGAGAAGAAAUAGGGUCCAGCUAUGUUCUGGAUAUAUGGGGUAAGGUCCAAUGAUGAGCUCCACUGACUUUUCAGUUAUGUCAUAUAUAGUAUUGCAUUGUGUACUAUAAAUCACACAGCCUAUUUGUGAACACAUGGUUAAGCUAAACCAAGUACUGUAUUUAGGAGAAUGUCCUAACCAUUGCUGUUUUCAGAGACGUUUCACCUGGAGCGGUUUUGUCAUAUUUAGACAUUUCCUGAUAUAUUUCAUACAUGUAUACAUAGCCAGAGAUAGGGCAAUAUAUCCUGUAGCACUCAAUGAUAAUCUUUCUGUGCAUGCCUUAUUAAAGUUUUAGGAAAUGUGCUGCGCACUUGCACUGUAUGAUCUCUUCUGUUUUGUACUUUUGGUAUGAACAAGCAAGAGCAAAAGGGGUAAAGGACAUGUGCAAACGUGAAUAUUCGGCUGCUUACCAUAGUAUGGCAGUACUAGCUUUCGUAAGAGCUGAUAUCUUGUGUUUUGCGCAGAGCACUGAUUUUAUUCAUCUUUGAUCAGUCAUUUUCCAUCAAAAUAGUUGCUUGACAUCCUAGUUACUUUUUUAUAGGUUUUAGACAAUACAUUCUAUCUUAUUCAGCUACUAUGACUAUCAUUAUCUAAUUUCUAACUUCUCCGUGUGAGUUUGACUUUCUUUUAAAUAAAUUCUACUUGUAUUAAAAAA